GUUUUUUCCUGUUUACCCCGCAACCUUUUUAGAUUUUUGCCCCUUGUACGAUUAAGUUUGACACCCCUGGUCCAAAAGGACUUGAUCCACGCUUGUUUUUGAAAAUAGGGACACAUGCCUCCAAUGUAUCCCACUACACCCCCCCUCUUGUCUCUCUGACAGCUUUUAAACCCAAUUGAGCUGCAGUCAUUGCGUCCUCCAGCUGCGACCCCCUGUGCAGAAAAACACAGUUGAAGCUUGUGUGAAGCUUGUUUCCCUGUCAAGGAAAAUAUAUCCAUGAAUAUAAACCAGCUUGAAUCUUGCUUCCAUUCAAACCUGAGUCUACAAAAUUUAGAGUAAAUUGAUAAAGUCAAGAAUCCUGCAUAUAUUAGCAGUGUGCAGGACAUUUAAGGCAGUGAAGAGGAAGCUUUAGGGGUGACAGAGGUGCCAGUGAUGGACAGGCUGACAGAUGAAUUUAGACAGGAAUCACUAUGGACUAUGAUGUUUGCAGACGAUAUUGUGAUUUGUAGUGAGAGAAGGGAACAGGUGGAGGAGAAGUUACACUGUAAAAACUUUUUUUUUGUCAUUUUUUCUGCACAAAACUGUAAUAUCUUAAUAGUUAACAACCAUAAUCAUGAAAAAUAAAAAUUAAAUUUUAAUUAUUGGGGAACUUCCUUAAAGUCCACCAUGACAAUUAAAAAAAUAUAUAUAAAAACAUUUCCAGUAGUGUUUUAAUUUUGAUUAUAACGCUUUUAACCAAAAUCCCACAACCUAAAUGUCUUAAAAAGUUAAUUUUCACUUAUUUUUUACAGUGAGGUUCUGUCAACCCAGUAUAUUUACAUUGCUUUUUUUUACAGUCUUGAAAGGUGGAGGUUUGCUCUGGAAAGGAGAGGAAUGAAGGUUAGGGGCAGCAAGACGGAGUACAUGUGUGUUAAUGAGAUUGAUGUAAUUGGAAGAGUGAGGUUACAGGGAGAGGAGAUGAAGAAGGCGGAGGAUUUGAAGUAUCUAGGAUUAGCAGUCCAGAACGAUGGAGAAAAGAAGUGAAGAAGGGAGUGCAGGCAGUGUGAAACACUUUAGUGUGCCGACUAGAGAAGUUGGACAGCCUCCUGCUCUCGGGCUAGAUAACACUUGCACUUCCCACUACUGAAUGAGAAGGUGGGAAAUCAAGUGGGGAGACAAAAAAGAACACGCAGCUCCUUUUCAUGAGGCACUAUAACACUGAGGGCUUUCUCCACCUGCCACUUUCCUUGAUUAACCUAAUGUGGGCUCACCAGGAGAAGCUGAGCUGGACAUGGCUUUGAGCAGACUCCUGCUGCUCUGGAUGGUUGCCUCUAAGGUGUGGGACACUGAGGCUAAACCUGUAGUAUUUGUGUGCAACAGAGCUGCCAGGAGAGCGUUGAACAUUGUGGCCGAGCUGGAGAGUGCACUGAGUGUGUGCACUGACUUGAUGACCCUUUCCUCAGCAGUUCUGCUUCCCUGCACUGGGUUUAACGUUGCAACAUGGGAAGAAAAAUCGGAGCAGGAAAAAAGAGGAGACAUUGUUGCAUCGUUGAAGCUUCUUAAUGAGAAUAUAAGAAGUAUAAGAAACUCAACACAACCAGGAUGUGCAACUAUGUUGCUGCAAAGAUUAGACAACAACAUCAGAAACUAUUUACUCAUAAUCACAAAUCUCCAGCUAAAUGGGUCAGUGCUUCCUCCAUCAUUGUCUUGUGUUCCCCAAAGCACUCAGAGUCUGAGAAGAGUCUUGCAGAGCUACAGCCAGCUGAUCUCAGGCAAACUGGAGAGUUUCAUUCUCACCCUGGGAGACAGAUGCGCCUCUCAGUGACACAGCAACAUAUUCAUUGAAGGAGCUAAUUUUAUUCUUUUGUACCAAAUUUAUUUUAAUUUGGCACACAUGCAACUUUCAUGAAGUGAAUGCUACAUAUUACGCACUUUAUUGGAUAGUUUUAAAAGCCACUUUUAAUUUAUUCUUGCGUACUUUUAUAUUUAUACUUAUUUUGUAUUCUAUAAAUAUGUAAUUAACCCUCCUGCCUUUUUUGAAAAUACAUAUUUCAUUAAUACAUUUUCUAAUUGCAUCAGUAGCUAAAGCUACAUUUUGAAUCAAUAUGUAUAUUGCUACUUGACAAAGAAUAUAUUUGUAAAAUGUUCUAAAUAAAUGCCAUAUUUUGCAUUUGCAGUUUUCAGAUGGUUUUUUGGUUAGUUAGGUGACUUUUUCUGGAUUUAUGGUAAACUUGACAUUUUUAAUGUGUCAUUUUUUUUCUUUUUACGCCUGUUUUUAUCGUUUUGAAACUAUAAUAUUAAAAGACAGAAUAACAAAUUGCAGAAAUAAGUGCCUAACUAAAAGAAAGUACAUCAAGCAGAAUGUAUAUAGCCUAAAAACAAUUGUAAAUGACACAAAAGUAUAGUUUCUUGUGCAAUUAACCAUCUUCCUUAUCAAAUACAGGCCAUUUUACAUUAUUCACUCAUUUAUUUGACUUUAUAUUUGUCAAUUCAGUAAAAAAAAGUUGAAAAUGUGUCUUAAACUGCUUAAUUUAAUUUAAUUUAAUUUUAUUUUAUUUUAUUUUAUUUU